UUGACAAUCGCUCUUCAGAAUGAGCCAAUAGUACUAUCAUAAGUGUUCAGUAGCACGAGUUCGCAGGCUAGCUAGUUAUAAAGUUUAUCGUAGAGGCGACAGGGACAGUUGAGAGGGUGUGUACGCUAGACAGAAUCUCUAUCGAUCUUGCUUGUACUGAACUAGCUACGUACAUCGCGUACAAUGGCGUAAUGCCACUGAACAAUGUGGAUCUCUACGGUUAUAAACUUGGGUUUCUCUCCCGUUGUAGUGGCAUAUUGAUCAUGAACGGACGCUGUUUUCCUGUGUGGUUUAGUACACGGAGUUUGAACUUUUUCCACAUUUGACUGCAUGUGCCUGAGAGUCUGACGCUGCAUCUCUUCAAUGGCUGCCUCGGGCUCAUCCUCCACCUCUGUGCCUGAGGGUUUCCACUACGAGACCAAGUACAUCGUCCUCAACUACCUGGGACUCCUGCCCCCCUCCCGGCUGCAGGCCACCGCUGGCGGAGGAGAUGGCCAUUAUGCUGUGGACAGAGAGAGGAACAGAGUUAUGAAGGCACAGAUAGAGGAAGAGCUGAAGCAACUGGAAGAUGAGGUCUCAGACUCCUUCUCCAGUACAGGCUUCGACUGCCAUACGUCUCCAGUGUUUAGCCCAGCCAACCCAGAGAGCUCCAUCGAGGACUGCCUGGCAGUUCUGGGCGACCGGGUGGCCAGAGACCUGGACACACACCUGGCCUCUACUGUACACACACUCCUCAGUGCCCCGCUGGACUAUGAGCAUUUCAGAGAAGCAGCACAAGACAUCUCCUGCCACACGCAGAGUGGCUGGAGCAAGGUGCUGGUGCCAUUGGUGCUGCUGCAGGCCCUCCAGGGAGAAGGACAGAUCCUGGCCCACCUGAUACCUCUGGGGGUCCGUUUCCUGGAGGAGGCUGAGGCAGGCUACAUCAUCCAGCAGGGAGGAUGGGGUACAGUGUUUAGCCUGGAGGAGGAGCAGGGAGUGAUCAUAGCCGAGGACAGCAACGACAUUUACAUCCUGUCUGGAGAACAGCUUCCUGGCCAGCUCAGUCCCCCCGCGUCGCUGCUGGGCACCGGAGACAGCAGUGGUCCGGGCAGCUGGCAGACGGAGAGCUUACCCGUGUCUCUGGCAGGCAACGAUUCCUGGGCACAGGUGAGCAUGAUGGACCACCCCGAAGAUGUCAAGAGUCUGGACAGCAACGAGGGCGCCCUGGCUGAGGAGCGCAGUGAGAACAACUCCUCCAACUCUGACAUUGUGCAUGUGGAGCGAGAGGAUGCAGAGGAGGGCGGGGUCGAGUUGCAGGAGAGCAUGCUGAGUGUGCUGGGGACGGAGAGCGAGCUGGCUGAGCUGAGGGCGGAGUUUAGGGAUGACACCCCGCUUCCUGUCCCAGCAGCCCCAGAGCCCGUGGUGGUAUAUCUGGAGGAGCCGGUCAUCAUAGAGACGCCUGCUCCCCUGUCGGCGGUUCUGUCAGAGCUGCAUGCCCCAUCAUCUGUCCCCGUGUCAGAGCCCGAGCCCUCUGCUCCAGACCCUAUGAUUGAGCCUGCCCCUGUUGUGGAGGCAGCACCACCAUCCCCCGCCAAGGCACCCUCUACUCCCCCAUCAGCAAAGCCAGUUCCAGAACCAGAGCCUGUUCCAGAGCCAGUCGCAGCACCGCCAGAGCCAGUUCCAGAGGAGCCCCAGCCUGAACCUCAGUCAGAGACUGUGCUGGAGCCGGCUGCAGCGCCCCUCCUGGAGGCACUCCCAGCUCCUGUGGCCCCAGCCGAGGAGACCCCGGUGCAGACAGAACCAGAGCACAAGUCGGAGAUCCCAGUGCUGCUGUAUGGUGGAGCUGCUCUGGUGGCCCUAGCUGCUGUGGUGACCUGGGGAGUCAUGACCCACCGGAAGAAGUAGCCUAGCAGUGCUCCUGAACCGGGUUGCAGACCUCGCCUCCUCCCUGGUCCCUGCCUGGCUCACUGCUGCUAAUCUGGGCUGCUGGGCCCGCCCUUACCAGGUGGACACACCAUGUGAACAAUUAAUUAUUUUCCUUCUCUCCAUUUUUUGUUUUCCCCCAUUCUCCUCUCUGCUCAUCUGGCAAUUUGAUAUGUUUUUCUUCAGUUGCUGCCUCCAACCCAUCCUCUCAAACUGGAAAGGACAUUUGUAUAAUUUUCUAGCGAUUUCUAUGUUUUCCAGGUGCUUGGUUCUGUUCGGUGCCAUGCGGAUGCACGUCACAGACACACCCUGUUUGUAUGUUACUCUCUCGGCUGGAGCUUGGGGUACCUCUUUGUCCUCAGAGUCUAGUGGGUGUAGCGCAGAAGACUCAGAAAUCCCUGUUCUAUUGCAGGGAAAAGGGAAGCUAUUCCAAUAUUUUCAUAUACAAAAAUCUAAGUUCUGAUCACAUUAUGUCCUCUGAAAAGCAAACCUGUCUUCAAGGAUUAGAUGAGCAUGUUUGUUUAUGGCAAUUAACUAAUCAUGAUUAGACUUUUGUUUUGUUUUUAGAAUUCACUGUACUGGAGACACUGAUGUGCCUAUAAAAUUUGUCUGCAAAAUUGAGCCCCAUAAAGAGACAAUAUUUUUCAUAAAGCACUUGAUAGGUAUUAAUAAUAUCGCACUUAAAUGUAAAGUAGAUACACAUGACCAAAAGUAUGUGGACACCUGCUUGUCGAACAUCUCAUUCCAAAAUCAAGGGCAUUAAUAUGGAGUUGGUCCCCUCUUUGCUGUUAUAACAGCCUCUACUCUUCUGGGAAGGCUUUCCACUAGAUGUUGGAACAUUGCUGCGGGGACUUGCUUCCAUUCAGCCACAACAGCAUUAGUGAGGUCGGGCACUGAUGUUGGGCUAUUAGGCCUGGCUCACAGUCAGCGUUCCAAUUCAUCCCAAAGGUGUUCGAUGGGAUUGAGUUCAGGGCUCUGUGCAAGCCAGUCAAGUUUUUCCACACCGAUCUCGACAAACCAUUUCUGUUUGGACCUUGCUUUGUGCACGGGGGCAUUGUCAUGCUGAAACAGGAAAGGGCCUUCUCCAAACUGUUGCCACACAGUUGGAAGCACAGAAUUGUCUAGAAUGUCAUUGUAUGCUUUAUCAUUAAGAAUUCCCUUCACUGGAACUAAGGGGCCAAGCCCGAACCAUGAAAUACAGCCCCAGACCAUUAUUCCUCUUCCACCGAACUUUACAGUUGGCACUAUGCAUUGGGGCAGGUAGCGUUCUCCUGCCAUCAACCAAACCCAGAUUUGUCCAUCGGGACUGUCAGUUGAUGAACCGUGAUUCAUCGCUCAUAUCCAAUGACGGCGAGUUUACACCACUCCAGCCGACGCUUAGCAUUGUAACGGAUGUGCCCGAAUCCACUAAUUUGAAGGGGUGUCCACAUAGUGUAUGUUUAUCUACUUCUUUCCAGUCACUUACUACACCACCUAAGUGUUAUUUUGUUACAUUUUUGGAAAUUGAGGGAUUCCACUUUAAGAUGCGAAUAGGAUGCCGUGACUCAAUUCAUUUUUCACAAUGUAUAUAUCACUAACUAAUUCAGUCAUUUAGUAAACAGACUCCUGUGUCUCUUAUAGCUUUAGAUAGUUACGAUUUGUGAUCAUAUUGCAUUAAUAUGACUGCAAUUAAAUUGAUUUUGAACAUAAAAACAAAUUCUGAGGAUAAAGAUUACCGCAGCUCACAGCCAGUGGCAUACACUCUUGCGUUUGAUUACUAACCAUCUCCUUGAAAAUAGGCAUUUAGAUUAUCUGGUAUAGAACUGUCAAUGGUCACUAACAACCUUGUGUGUGUUAACUAUUGUGUUUGCGUGAGUGAAACUAAAGCCAGCUUAACCAUGAUGGCACCAUGGUCAAUAAUGUUCUAUGUACUGUACCAUGUGCUCUGACAGGGAAUGGAGGGUUGGGAAUGACUGCACCAAGACACUGAAUUUCAUAUUCUUUUGUUCAACACAAGUCGUGUUCAAGAGGGAUACAAGGUUUGAUUUAAAAAUAAAACUCGAAAGAUAAUUACUUGAUUUCAUCUGAUGUUGUGAAACUAUAAAAUCAAAAGGAGAAAUUAGUUUAAUCUUGAAUCAAUUUAUGCUCUCAUUCCCAACUCCCCCAGUCUAACUUCACAGGGACUGCCUUUCUUCAGCUACCCUGUCCUCAACCCCUAUGUUUUGCCAGGUGCCGUUUGUCCCCUCGGCUGGCCCAAACUGCCCACCCAGCACUGCCUUGCCAUUCCGCUGUAACCCCAUAGCGUGCCUACCUUGUACAGAGACUUACAAAGCUUAACAGCUGCGUCUGCUGGCUUCUUCCCACUACUACCUAAUCUUCUCUUGAAGGGGUCAGCUCCAUCCAUUUCUCAAGUCAGAGUGGAGGUCUGUCCACAACUUGACGAGUAGGAAUGACACAUGCCAGCCCUGCCACAGACAAUCAACAUAGGCAACAUUCCCACUAAGGGAAACAUAUCUUCCUGUUAGUUGGGUACAAUGUGAAUCUAAAAAUAAAAUCUACACUGUAGGCCUCAGGUGUCAAGAGAACAAAAACAACUUUUUUUUUUUUACUGGGCACUCAAGUCUGGAGCAUGAAAUGUGAACACUUGAUCCAAGUGAAAAAGUAGUAGUGGUUCCAGCUGUGUGUUCACUGUUCAGUGGAUUCCCACUUGGUCAAUGUCAAAACUGAAGAUGCACACAACUCACUUCUGUUUAGCCAAGUGUAAAUACAAUCAUGUGUGGUUAGGGUUUGGGGUAGUUGUAUGGGAGACAAAUUACCAAAAAUGGUGUUGUUCCUCGUUCGAUUGAAUGCAAAUGUACGUCAGUGUUAGAUAAUAGGUAUGCAAAUUAUCUGAAAUGUACCUGGAAACUGAGUAUUUGGAAAGUACAGUAUGGAUGUAAAAUCCCCAUCUUGGCACUUUACCAAGUUCCCUAUAUGUGCAGUUUGAGACCAGAAUACAUCAUGUAAACUGCAUCGUUGUGGUUUUGGACACAUGAACAAGUUAAUAAAAUGGUUCUCCCUUACAUCA